AUGGCAGCAGCUCCACAUGCACCCUGCCUGUCGGAGCUCGGUGGACUUCCCGGCAAGAACAUCAGCCUCGUCUCUGGCACCCGACCCUGCAACCGUAGCACCGUCAGGGCCUCGACCUACUCACCGCAAGCCACCGCCGCCUUCGCCAUCGCCAUAACGUUCAUGAUGCUCAUGACCAUAGUUGGGAACAUCUUGGUCAUCAUCGCCGUGCUGACAUCCCGAUCCCUCAAAGGAGCUCAGAACCUUUUCUUGGUGUCUCUGGCUGCUGCAGAUAUUUUAGUGGCUACGCUUAUUAUCCCUUUCUCGUUGGCUAAUGAGCUGCAGGGCUACUGGGCCUUUAGCUCCAUUUGGUGUGAAAUUUACUUGGCGCUGGAUGUUCUCUUCUGUACUUCCUCUAUUGUGCACCUGUGCGCCAUAGCACUGGACCGCUACCUGUCCAUCUCGCGGCCGGUGACCUACGGUGCCAAACGUACCCCCAUACGCAUCAACGCAGCCAUUAUUGUAGUCUGGCUGAUUUCGGCGGUCAUCUCAUUCCCUCCUCUUCUCACGCUGGACAAGAGCGAAGGGGGCGAAGAGUCGUGCGAGCUGAACAAUGAGCGAUGGUAUAUUCUCUACUCAACCAUUGGCUCCUUCUUCGCCCCCUGUGUGAUCAUGAUCCUGGUUUAUGUGAGGAUUUAUCAGAUUGCGAAGAAGCAUACACGCCACCCGCCUGGGAAGAAGAAUAAAACAGCGGUGGCGGGUGUCAGCGUUGUAACCAGUGAGCCUGGGGUGAAGUUAGCCGGACAGAACGGAGAUCAAGGAGGUACAACUGUGGGCCAAAACGAAGAAGUCCUACCCAAAAUGUCCAACUCGGAUUCCACGCCGUCAUCACUUCAAAAAGAGAAUGAGAACAUCACGAGCACGGACACUCAGCACUAUCCUCCUCAUUCGAGUACUGCUCAAGUCCAAAAAUCCACUUCUAACCCCUCAAUCCCCCAACAAGGAAGUCAAAUCCUCUCAGCUGUUCCUCAUAAACAACUCAAGAAAAGAUGGAAAGCACAGACAGAUGAGCUUGACAACUCUUCCAGCUCUGGCUCCGAGGCCGAGCUGGAAAUCUGCGAGAAACGUGUUGCAGGUAAAGAAGAGGCAAACAAGACUGACGAGCAAAGCAAAAGGUUUAAAGUUCAGAUGAUGAAUCUGGCGUGCAGAUACAAAAACACAAUGGCCACAUCGUCUGGCACCAAACUGGUUCCUGAGGGAACUCCUAAGAUUCAUGGGACGCCCAUCUCCCGCCGCAAAGCCAUGGUGAACCGGGAGAAGCGGUUCACCUUUGUCUUGGCUGUGGUGAUGGGAGUGUUUGUGAUCUGCUGGUUCCCCUUCUUCUUCUCCUACUCUCUCCAGGCAGUGUGCCCCGAGACCUGCAGCAUCCCCAACCCCUUGUUUAAAUUCUUCUUUUGGAUAGGUUACUGCAACUCCUGCCUCAACCCGGUCAUUUACACCAUCUUCAACAAGGAUUUCAGGAAGGCCUUCAAGAAGAUACUGUGCAAGAACACAAAGGGUACGUUCUUCUAA